CCUACAGCAAAGGCCUGUAACUUAUCCAUGUUCCAAUAUUCGAGUGCUCUUGGCAUGUUUGUUUCUGCUUCUGCUAUCAUAGACAAAAAAUAUAGUAUAUAGUUAAAUAUAGUACCUAUAUUAAUGCUGAUAAUCCUGAUAAAAGUUUAACGUAAAAGGUAAAAUCCUGAAAAUAUAGUUUCAAUAUAGUAUAAGACUCUGUGAUUUCUUUAUUACAUGGUACUGUCAUUUAUGCUAUGUAAAACAAGCACAGCCUUCCUAUAUGAAGAAGUUUUAUUGUUUCCAAGAUUAGAUGAUAAUUAAUUUUUCUUCAUCUUCGGUUUUUGUUAUGAAUGUUGCUUAUUCUACUGUGAUUUGUAAAAAAUGUAAGAAACAUCACGAAGCAAACGUCGCUAUUCAACCAAAGGAAGGAAAUUGCUUCUCUGUGCAAAACCGCUCAAACGAAGAGGAACAGCAUUGAAACAAUAUUGGGAUUUAAAAAGGACCAAAUUACAGAAUGUCCAAGCACAGACUGAAGCCAAUGAUGAUUCCAACAAUCGCACAACAAUAAUUGCAGAAGAAAGGAAUACACCACAGUCAUCUCAAAAAACUAUCACCAAAUUAUCUCCUGUUUACAAAACUUGGAUCCGGUUAUUGCUUCUACUUCUAAAAGUAUUCCAUUGCAUCGAACAACUUGCAUACCUCCUAAACCUUCAGAACCAGUUGCUUCUACUUCUGAAGGCAUAUCAUCACAUCCACCAACUAGCACAACUCCUAAAACUUCAGUGCCAGUAGCUUCUACUCGUAAUGGAAUCGCACUGCCUCAAGCAACUAGCACAUCUCCUAUUCCUGUGACAUCAUCUUCAUUGAUGUUAGAAGGUAGACGAAUAGUGGACGUACAUUCAUUCAUUGCUCAAAUUCAGAAAAUUGAUGACCACUUACCAUUUCAUUGCAGUUUCAAGGAUAUGACUGUAAUAAAAGAAUGUAGAAAAGGUUUGAACUCUUGUAUCACGCUCAAGUGUAAGAUGUGUAAUAUAGAAAAAUCUCUUUGGACAAAUGUCUCAAACGAGAAAACUAUGGAUGUGAAUACAUCAGCAGUUUCUGGUACAAUGAGCACAGGAGGAGGUCAUUCCCAGCUGGAAGAGGUUUUGUCAUGCUUAUACAUUCCUUGCAUGUCUUACAAUACAUUUCGCAAGUAUCAUGACCGAGUAGCUGAUGCCUGGAAGGAAACAGCCGAAAGAUCAAUGGAGAUGGCAGCUGAAGAAAAAAAACAUGAGGCAAUCAAAAGGGGAGACGUUGAUGCUGAUGGUGUACCUCUAUUGAUGGUUGUUGCUGAUGGCUGUUGGGCAAAGCGCUCCUAUCGUACCAACUAUAAUUCCCUCUCUGGUGUGGCUGCCAUAGUUGGAUACCACACCAAGAAAGUUCUUUAUGUUGGUGUGAAGAACAAAUACUGCACAAUUUGUGUAAGGGCUGAACGGUUGGGUAAGCAGGCAAGGGAGCACACAUGCUUCAAAAACUGGGGUACUCAGCAAAGUUCUACCAGUAUGGAGGCUGCGCUUAUUGCAGAGGGAUUCUCAUCAAGUGAGAAAAUGUAUGGAGUGCGCUACAAUAGACUGAUUGCAGAUGGUGAUAGCAGUGUAUAUAAAACAUUACUUGAUCGCAGGCCAUACAAAAAUACCAGUGUACUGAAGAUUGAGUGUCGUAAUCACCUUAUGCGAAAUUAUUGCAAUAAAAUUAGGGAAAUUGCACAAACUAGCAAUAGAGGACGUAACCCCAUUAUGUUGCGUAAGAAGAUUGGUGACAGGCUAGUCAGGCUGAGAUACGCGGUUACCAAAGCAGUGAUCCACAAGGAAAAUGUUGACAAACUGAAGAGUGUGGAGAUGUUAAAAGAGGACAUUUUGAAUGGACCAAACCAUGUUUUUGGGGACCAUUCCAAAUGUAAAGAUUAUUUUUAAGGUAGUGACCUUCGGAAUCUUCCAAAUAUAGUUCCAGAUUUGGAAGCUGUUGGACUUUCUCAGCGACUGAAAGAUGCAGCUCGUUUUCUGAGCUUGCAUGCUUCUAGUUUGUUAGAGGAUGUUGACAGCAAUUAUGCUGAACAUUAUAAUCACGCCGUGGCUAAAUUUGUUGGUGGAAAAAGAAUAAAUUUCACAGCUCGUGGAUGCUACCAGGCAAGGUGUCAGGGUGCUGUUGUACAACACAACACCGGAAUGGCGCUCUACAACCUUCACAAAACUAUGUUAAAAUCGAGUCCUGGAACUUUCUGCAAAUCCAUGCAGAUGAAACGUAAACGGAAGAUUGAACAGGACAGGGAAAGACGGAAGAAGAAUAAUCUAAAAACACGCAAAUCACUUUUCCCCUGCCAGAAAACAACAGAUAUAGAUUAUGGU